AUGGGUGAGUCUAUGUAACCUUGAUUGGAAAUAUCAGGGUGUUCGUUUCAAGGUACUUGGAAUAUUUAUUACUGUGUGAACUAGGUUUGGAGGAGGUUUUCUUCAGUCCUGAGGACCAGACAGCCAGAGAAGGAGAGGGAGUUUUCUUCCAGUGUGUGUCGGGUGAAAGUUCAGCUCCUGCAAGCAUCACUUGGCUCAAAGAUGAGAGGCCGGUCACAAGAGGACGACAGAUUCAGGGUGAAUAUGGAGGUGGUAACCAGAAGAAGACUACGGGUACUCUGCAUCUUUUCAACAUAACAUUAGAGGACGAUGGGAUAUACAUUUGUGUCACUCACAAUCCUUCACUACACGUCAGCAAGAAGAGCAGGCCUGCUAAGCUAACAGUGCUUGGGAUCCUUCGACGGCUCCAAAUCAUUCAGGGCCCCGAAAACACAACUGUUGCUAUGGGGACAGAGGUGUUGAUGCGCUGCACUGUUCAUGGCUUCCCUGUUCCCAUGGUGCAAUGGUUCAAAGACGGCUUCCUCCUGACCAACUGCUCGUCCUCGUUCAACCUCCAGAACAAUGGACAGCUGCUCACAUUCAGAAAUGUGACCAAAGAGGACGGGGGCUGGUAUCACUGUGAAGCAUCUAAUGGGAAAGAGUCCAUCAGGUCGCAGACAGCCUUUCUACUCCCAGCUGAGAUGGACUGGAGUUUCGUCAAGCAGCCAAAAAACCUGACCAUAAAGAGAGGAGAAAAUGUUACGGUCACCUGCAGGCCACCGUACAGCAGACCUGCAGCUCAGGUGUCCUGGUUCAAAAACAACAAACUUUUUACUCCAACACACCGUGCGACCGUGCUGCCCAGUGGAGACCUCUUCUUCAACAGUGUCCAAGAGUACGACAGUGGGAGCUACUUCUGCAGGGCCUCAAACAUUCAGCUUCAAAGAUUUCUCACCUCAAGAAGAGCCACAUUAACUGUGCUAACCCCUCCAUCAGUGAAAGUGUGGCCUCAGGUGUUAGCUGUGCCUGUGGGUGCUCGGGUGGUGCUGGAGUGUCAGGUGUCAGGUCACCCUCUCCCCUCCAUCAGAUGGGUGAAGAGAGGUCACUCCAAGGAGACUGGGGGUCGGAUUUCUUUGGGACUGAGAAAUGCCACUCUUUACAUCCAGUCAGCACGGAGCUACGACGAGGGAGUGUAUGUGUGUGAGGCCUCCAAUUCACUGGGCCGAAUCAGCAGCACAUCAACACUGAGAGUCGCUGUGAGUCCCAUCAUAGUGACCUUUGCAGCUCAAGUGAGCUGCAGGGUCGGCGCAUCAGCGGUUCUGCCCUGCAGUGCUGUCGGGAUCAUGCCCAUAACAUAUACCUGGACAAGGGGGGCAGGAGAGACAUAUUUACCCAUCAGCCCCACUAAAGAUAGACACAUUGGUGGUAAGUUCAAAAUGUGA